AUGGAGUCAUUCAACCAAUCUGGGCUGAUGGGACCCAUCCCAGGAGAUUAUAACUCCUCCACUGAAUUGGGAUUUUCAGGAACUUCCACCCCUUUUGGGAAUUAUUCUGCCAAUGUGUCAGGUCAAAGUAUGCCAUUCCAAGGAAGCAGCACCAUGGUUACCGCAGUGAUAUCAUUUACCGUGUUCAUCGUUGGACUUACUGGCAACACUUUAGCUAUUUACGUGGUUUUACGUUACGCCAAGAUGAAAACUAUUACGAACAUCUACAUUUUGAAUCUGGCCAUCGCGGAUGAGCUCUAUAUUUUGGGCCUACCUUUUCUAACGACACAAAACGUACUCUCCUAUUGGCCGUUCGGCUCCUUCCUGUGUCGCGUUGUCAUGACGGCAGACUCACUAAACCAGUUCACAAGCAUCUUUUGUUUGACUGUGAUGAGCAUUGACCGCUAUUUAGCAGUUGUACAUCCUAUUCGCUCCACUAGAUGGCGCCGGCCACGGGUAGCUAAAGUAGUUAGCGCUGCAGUUUGGGCAUUUUCGUUUGUCGUUGUUCUUCCCGUGGUGAUAUUCUCAGAUGUUCAGGACAUGUUUCAAUCGUGUAAUAUGAUUUGGCCCGAACCACAUGACGUUUGGUCAACGGCGUUUAUCCUCUACACUGCGACGCUCGGAUUCUUUGGCCCCCUGCUGGUCAUCUGCAUGUGUUACCUUCUCAUCGUAGUCAAGGUGAAGUCGUCUGGUGCCAGGGCCGGAUUUACAAAACGCCGGCGUUCAGAACGGAAGGUGACGCGCAUGGUGGUGGUUAUCGUGGUGGUGUUUGUGCUUUGCUGGCUGCCGUUCUACAUCAUCAACAUCGUAAACCUGGUAUUCAUACUCCCGGAGAACAGCGUAAUGGCUGGGGUGUAUUUUUUUGCUGUCAUCCUGUCGUACGCCAACAGCUGCGCGAAUCCACUGCUCUACGGGUUUCUGUCCGACAACUUCAAGCAGAGUUUUCGAAAGGUCCUAUGUGUGCGGAAGGCCAAUGGCGUGGAGGAUGGAGAUCCCAGUGUACCACGAACGGAAAAAACGACAACUCAUGACUCGUUUCUGACACCUCGGAACAAUGACUUCAAUGGACAUGCUCAGAGCAGCCAGGAUCUGCAGUUAGAGUCAUGCAUGAGCUCAUCUGAGAAGCCACAGUCUCCAAAACCGCACAUCAUUGACCAGUCCACUAUCUAAACGCUCAUUUUCAUCCUUAUUUCAUCUCCUUUCCUGUUGUCUAUUCUCUCUCAUCUCUUUCAAUCUGUCUGUCUGUUCGUCUGUCCUUCUUUCAUUGGCUUCCUUCGGAAGGUGUGGCCUCAGUCUCAAGCCAUGCCCCCAAACAUGCCGGUGACUCCGCCCUCCCGUGCAGCAGAGCUCAGCCUCCAGCCGGUGCCCUCUGUUGCCACGCCCAGCUCCAGCCGUGACCUGUGACCCCGCCGGGUCGUGAGAGCCGAU